AUGAGUUGGGAGCAGCAAGCAAGUUAUGAAGGGAGCCAGGGAGGAUGGACCCCACAAUUUGCAGAAGAUUAUUCUAUGUUCAACGCAACACCUGGGCGUCUCGUCAAUGGGCAACGGCCGUUUGUUGAUACUUCAACAGCUCAAGCACUGUCAUCCCUGACUCACAAUGGACAUUAUAAUGUUGAGGGAGAUAUGGUGACAGAUAUGGGAAUGCACAUGCAUCAAUUGUCACCAAAUUCUGGGUUUGCGAUAGCUCAUACCACAUCCCCCAACAAACAGAUAUCUGCUACUACUGUCCCGCAACCUGCUUCCAGAGCACGAUUUAGUGAUGUUUCCAAGACCCCCCAAAAGUCAAAGAAAAGGUUGGGUGAUCCUUUCAGUGGUCAAACUGCUACACCUCCACAUUCUAUUGGAAAAGGUACUAGGAAAUUAGCCCCAAAAAUGUUCAAUGUAUCGAAUAAUGCUCCAGUUCAAGGUAAUGGCUUUGAGUCUUCUGACUCAAAUAAUCACCAUCCUCAAUUGGUAGCACAGUCCUCAACAGCUAUGGAUCCAUUCGGUUAUCCAAUAACUGCACCAGUAUCAACCCCAUUCUUUGCAAGUAAUAAAGCAAUAUGGGAUACUAGUAUGGAUGGUAUGGAUUUGGAUUUCUCAACCGAUUCAGCGGGUAUUUUCCAACAAGGUCAUAGGGCAAGCAGUUCUAUUGAUUGGGGACGAAACAACCAGAUGUUUCAAGAAUCAGUGAAUCCAUCGCCUCAAAAAUCAAGCGUAUCCAAAGUUGAAGCUGAACCCCGCAAACGACAUAGACAGAUAGCCUCAAAAACUUCCUUACCAAUAACUUCAGCACUCCCCACGUCACUUCCACUGUUAGCUUUUAGUAGUGCGACAGCAACCUCGAAUUCAAUAGCCAUGGAGAAUUUUCAUGGCGUGGUCGAUCCUGGUAUAAUAUACAGUCGCCCUAGUACAGGCAGUACGUCCCAAGGAGGAUUAGAAAAUAUGAUCUUGCCAGAAUCAAGAGCAACUACUAGUCCGAUUCGAAAUCUAGAGCAACUCGAACCGUAUCAACAUCAAGUUCGAGAAUAUACUCGCGAGCAAGAAGAACUUCGUCGAUCAAGAAGUUUCAGAGAGGGUAGUAUGGGGUAUCGAAUAGAUAGGAGAACUGCUAGCUCGCCAGUCAAGGGGUUUGUACGGGCUGGUACUCGACGGAGUGUCAGUGAGAGUAAUAGGGAUCAACGUCGUAGUGAACCACCACGCUUUAACUUGGGACGUUUAUCUCCUGUGAAACAGCAGCGUCAUCCAAAUCUUACUUCUAUUCCUGAAUCUCCAGCUGCAUUACCAAAACUUCGACGAGAUGUCAAGCUCGCCAUUGGUAGUAAUGGUCGAGCUACUGUUGUUGUUGACGAUGAAUCGGUGAGAAGUUUGCGACGGUCAUCAUCUCAAGUCAUCGAUUAUGAGUCAGAAUAUGAUUCUUCUACUGAUGACGAACCAAUCAUCAUUCCAAGUCGAAACAACUCUUUCAAUCUACCUCAGCAGAGACCACCCAGAUUUGAUCUAUUCGAUGCUUCCUCUAGUGACUUUCGCAGACCAAGCACAAGUACAAGCGGCUAUAGUCGGUCCUCGGGUCAGCACACGAGCAUCGAUGAAAUGAGUGAGGCAGAAACGGUACUUGAUGAGCUCAAGAUCGGAGAUGCAGCUUCUGCUUUGCGGAAGGUGGUCAGAGAGCGUCGAAGUAAUCAACAAAUGUCAAAAAAUGGAAGACAUCUCCGCCUGUACUCCGAUACAACCCCUCGACCAGGUCGCUAUGCAGAAUAUACUUCGUCUUCUAAUAAUUCUCCCGAUGGAGCAACACCAUCCAGCUCGAGGAGUGGUACUACUCGGUGUAUCUGUAACAAUGCGGAGGGGGACUCUUUCAUGAUCCAAUGUGAGUCUUGUGAGAAUUGGCUUCAUGGACAAUGUGUCAAUAUCCCAGAUCGAAGGACACUACCAAAGGUUUACAUAUGUGCCUUUUGUGCCCUAACACCAAACAUGCGGAACGGUCGUGUGCGAGAGUCUGCAAGAGAGAAGAGGGGUCUGACUUCUUCUCCUCUUACCCACAAAUCUUUCAGAUCAUUUCGUUGA